AUGGGCUGUGUGUCUUCUAAUCUACUUAACAACGAGGAUGAGUUCACUCAACUAGGCACCUCUGCUCUGAGUCACCACAUAGUUUCACUCACUUCUACCACUUAUGGCCUCCUCAAUCUUGAUCCAUUACCACCACCACAAACCACCACAACUCCUCCAACACCACCUCGGUUCACUCUUGGCUCUAUCUUCCCUACCCCACUUACAGAACCUAAGUCCAAACCAGAAAUCAUUGAUUCUUGGGAACUUAUGUCUGGUCUUGACACUGAUAGCUUUCGUUUCUCUCCCAUUAUCAAGAAAGACCAAGAAAGUUCCCGUUUUUCACCCUUUUUCAAGAAACAUCAAGAAAGCCCUUUAUUUAGCAAAGAAAAUACCAACCCAAAUUUUCUCUUGAAGGACAGCUCUUUGAUUGUCAAGAAAGGCCAAGAAAGUCCUUUAUCUAGCCAAGGAAACAAGAACCCAAAUUUUCUUUUGAAGAACAGUACAGGGUUGAUUGAUAAAUGUGAGAGACUAUGUCCACCCAAUGGAGAAAACAGAGUUGUGAUCUACACGACGACUUUGAGAGGCAUAAGAAAGACUUUUGAAGCUUGUAAUGCAGUGCGGGCAGCUUUUGAGGGGUUUGGUGUGUUGAUUUGUGAGAGAGAUGUGUCAAUGGAUAAAGGGUUUAAAGAGGAGUUAAUGGAAUUGAUGAAAGGGAAAGACAGAGAGGCAAUGGUGCCACCAAGGGUUUUUGUUAAAGGAAGGUAUGUGGGUGGUGCUGAGGAAGUGAUGAGAUUAGUUGAAGAAGGGCUAAUGGGAGAGGUUUUAGAAGGGUUGCCUAAGAAGGGAGUAAAGGGUGCGUGUGAAGGGUGUGGAGACGUGAGGUUUUUGCCUUGUUUUUCUUGUAAUGGGAGCUGUAAGAUGGUGAUGGUGGUUAAGGAGGCGCUGGGGCAGAGACAAGGGAAGACAGUUGUGCUUAGAUGCCCUGAUUGUAAUGAGAACGGUUUGGUCCUUUGCCCCAUUUGUAGCUGA